AUGGCGAUGGACUUUUUGAUAUUCGUUGGACUCUCUUGCCGCGGCUGGAAGGAUAUUGAGAAAUGCCUAAAACCCUUUCCUUGUCGGGGCGGUGGGGAACCCGCAAUGGAAGCGACACGGGGCAUUGAACUCGCCCAAUCUGGUUUUAUAAGUCUUUUCCACAGUCUCCAGAAUGGCAGAAACGAAUUCUUAAGCGCAAGGUUCGGCGGGCGAAUGGUCAUGGUUAAAAAGGAAUUUUUAUGUGGGUCUCUGCUCUGUCACUUUGGUUGGGGUUGCUGUCGUGAGGGUCGCUGGAAAUUAUGUUAUUCUGGAUCCAAUGGCAUAUCACAGGAUUCAAAACUAUACUUGUAA